UGCUUGCCAGCUGGGCGGAAUUAUGUCCAUGAUACGCACAAACCCGGAAGCAGGCUGCGGUUCAAGAUGGCGGAGACUCACUGCUUGCAGGAUCUGAGGCAGAACACAGCGUUGGCAUCCAAAGUCUUCAUUCAAAGGGAUUAUUCCAGUGGGACGGUGUGCCAGUUUCAAACUAAAUUCCCUUGUGAACUAGAAUCCAGGAUUGACAGACAGCAGUUUGAAGAAACCAUCAGAGUACUAAACAACCUUUAUGCAGAGGCUGAGAAGGUGGGAGGACAGUCCUACUUGGAGGGCUGCUUGGCAUGCUUGACUGCAUACACCAUCUUCUUGUGCAUGGAGACUCAUUAUGAAAAGGUAUUGAAAAAGAUUGCUAAAUACAUUCAGGAGCAGAAUGAGAAGAUAUAUGCACCUAGAGGUCUUGUCAUAGUUGAUCCAAUUGAAAGAGGUUUGAGAGUUAUCGAGAUCUCCAUCUACGAAGAUCGAAGUUUCACUAGUGGAAGAUGAACUAUGGAUUAAGUGAGUGGGACCAAGGCAAUGGACCAUUUCUCCUGGGUGUCAAUACUGCUACAAGUAUUUACCUACUUCGUCUCUGGGCUACCAUUCCACAAACUCUUGAGGACCCUGGUUCCACCUGAAAGUUGAAUGCUUUGUGAUGUGCUUUAUCCAUGAUAUAUACCACAACAGUGGGAGGGUGGGGAUGGGGAAAACAAAUACUAUAGUGAUUAAACUCUUAUUCACUGACUUUUUUUUUCUGUUAAGUAAAAAUUUGAAAUGAGCUUCAGGAUGUGCUAAAGAGAAACAAAUGAGAUGUUUGUAUGAUGGUGAUCCUGUCUGGUGAUGUAACCUCCCAGCUGUCUGAAGCCUCUGAAAUUUGUAUAGCACUAAAUGAAGAUACUUUUUGUUGAUGCACUUGGACAUGUGAUGUUGUUAACCCUAAGAGUACUCUCAGCUUUCAAAACCUCAGUUUAAACUAAUAAUUGGUUAUGUUGGCUUCUGAGAAGCUGCCUCCAUUUAUAUUAGCAGGAAGGUUGCUACCUGGUAUAGUGCAAUAUUAUUGAAUCCAGGAUAUGGUGACUGAUCACAGCAGAUACACUAAUAAAGUCACGUUGUGAUACUGAACCUUGAGGUUAAAACUUACUGGGGUUCCUGCCGCAUGUCCAGCAACAUUUCUGUCCAAUCUGUGAGUGGAAGCUUGGGAGUGAAUUGGGCUUCACCUCCCGCCAGCAAGUACUGCUGAGCUUCUGUCAGUAACUCAAUCAUUAAGCAAGUGAAAUGCCUCAAGGAAAGAGAGUAAGGGAGUGGAGAAAUGGAGGUCAUGAACAAUAUGAAGACUAACUUUCUGAAUGCACUGGGAUGCUUCUCAUGCAAUGGUGACAUUUGUUGGAAUGGCUUAAAUAAGAAACAAGUGUUUUAAUACUCAUGAAAACAGUUGGAAACAUUCAAGAGACAUUUCUGCCAUGAAUUUUUAGAUGGCUCUGCUCUGAGAUGGAUUGACUUCAGGAGUGGCUUUUGUUCUUGAUGCAGGCAACUCAGACUUUUAUUUUUACCUUUGGGAAGCUUUUCAAUAAAAGUUUCACUGUUCACAUGCCCAGCUCCUGCACUCUGCAAAUACUGUAGAUACAACAGCAAGAGACCAUUGCAUUACCUCACUGGAUAGCUGAUUAGGGAAACAUUGAAAGAGAAGGAUGGUUUUACAGAGAAAUAACUGUUUUAAGGUUUUUGCACAUGUAAUUAAAAGUUGAUUGUUUCUGUGGAAAGUGGAAUCUUUUAUAAUUGUAUUUAUUCAACUGAAAAAGGAUUGUGCAAUUUUUACACUAAAAUCUACAUGGGGAAAGUGGUGCUAAACUGGUCUCUUGAUGAUACUCAUUUCUAUUUUCUUUCUCUUCUUCUUCACCUCACCCUACAACCCUCCCAGAUCUCACUUCUCCAUCACAUACUGCACCCUUCUUCCUCCCCCCACCCCCCAGCCUUAGUCUGCCGUGUUCAGACCGGAAACCAGAAU